AGUCUUAAUAAUAAAACGAUUUUUGAGCAACUUUGGCCCGGUUCUUUCGGUUCUUGACGGUUUUUAUGCAUCGAAUCUUUGAUUUGUUUGACAUGACCUUCAUCGAUGGAGGUUGUUGAUCAUCCGGGACGCACCUCGUCUUGAAUUCAGUUUCGGUCUUCUUUGAGCAGUUUACAUCACUUAUACAAAAUGUCGGAAAAAUUACGGGAAGUUACAAUCCUUAAGGAUUUCGCCAAAAAUGAAUAUAAAAUCGGAACCUCGGUAGGUAUCGGAGGUUAUGGUGAAAUUUAUACAGCCUGUAAAGGAGGUGGAAAAAGCUACGAUUGUGUAGUAAAAUGCGAACCUCACGAUAAUGGGCCUUUAUUCGUUGAAAUGCAUUUUUAUAUGCGAAAUUGCAAACUGGAUGAUAUCAAUAAUUUCAAACGGAAGAACGGAUUAAAGAGUUUAGGCGUGCCUUAUAUGCUAGGACAUGGCUCAGUUGAUGUUAAUAAUAUAAAACAUCGCGGCCCUGAUAUAAGUAAGCACCUUUUAAGCAAUUCGCGGUGUUUACCAGAAAUCGCUGUUUAUCGCAUUGCUUUGCAAAUGCUGGACGCUUACGAGUUCAUACAUCGUUGUGGUUAUGUUCCUGCUGAUUUGAAAGCUGCUAACAUCCUCCUAGGUUAUGGUAAACGAGGUGGUGCGCAAACAUUUGCUCCCGAUAUGCUUGGCUUUCUUCGAAGUCAGCCACUUCAGCAAUUAUAUGAAUAUUCUAUAAAUAAUGCCAACUAA